CAACCAAAAAAUCCAAGGGACAAAACAAGGAGUGUACCAAAAAAAGAUGAACACACUCCACCUCCAUUAAAACCAACCAUCUUCAUUCUCUCAACCCCAUGUUCUCAUCAAUUCUUCGAAAACUACCAUCACUUUCUCACCUGCACAUACCCACUUCCAUCAAACACCCACUAAUCAUCCCCCAACCAUCAUCAUCACCAUCAUCAUCAUCAACAUCAACUUUCUCUCUCAUCAUGAAUUCCCCCAUUUCUUCUUCCUCUCUAAAACUUGCAGCUUUAGCUCAGCAACUCCGCCUCUACAAACCACCACCUCAAAUCGAUGAUGAUGCUGAUGACAUCGAAGAAGAGACAGGAAAAGUGGUUGCACAAGUGGGUUUUGCUGAAUCUUCUAACCCAAUUGGUCAAAAUUUGGAAAAAGUUCGAGAAUUUAAGAUGGAAGAAAGAUUUAAGCCUAAAAGAGCUGCUGUUCUUAUUUGUCUUUUUCAAGAUCAUCAUGGAAAUCUUAGAGUUAUUCUUACUAAACGAUCUUCUAAGCUUUCAACUCACUCUGGGGAAGUGGCAUUGCCUGGUGGGAAAGCUGAGGAGGGUGACAAGGAUGAUGCAGAAACCGCGACAAGGGAAGCUAAGGAGGAGAUUGGAUUGGAUCCAUCAUUAGUGAAUGUUGUGACUGUUCUUGAGCCAUUUUUGUCUAAGCAUAUUUUGAAGGUGAUACCGGUAAUCGGGUUACUGUCUGAUAAGGAUGCAUUUAAGCCAGUUCCAAACCCUGCAGAAGUUGAAUCAGUAUUUGAUGCACCCUUGGAAAUGUUCAUCAAGGAUGAAAAUCGAAGAGCAGAGGAAAGAGAGUGGAUGGGAUAUAAGUACUUGAUUCACUAUUUUGAUUAUGAAACAGAUAACAAAAAGUAUCUGAUAUGGGGUCUAACUGCUGGGAUCCUGAUUCGAGCUGCAUCAGUUGUUUAUCAGAGACCACCACCUUUCCUUGAGCAGAGUCCCAAAUUCAAGAUUCCCAGAAAUGUUGAUAAAGAUACUGUUAUGCGUUGAAUUGAAUGAAGAUUUUUUUUCAGCUCUACUUGCAGCUCAUUCUGUGCACAGUAGAACACUGGAGUGUACAUAUAUAAAUGUGGAUGUAUUAAUAGUAGCUGAAAGCAAUAAUGAAUUUCUUGUAGUUCUACUUUGGAUGUGUCAGUUAUUUUUUCUUUCAGUAAAGCAAUUGGUAAAACAUGCUCUUAGAAUAUGUUCGCCAGCUUGGCUCAAAAUUCUGUGAAAGGAACUUCAACAUUUAGGGGUCGUGACGUGUAUGACACCACCUGUGCAUUUCAAGAAUCUUUGAAGAUUUAGGUGGCAGGUGAUGUAACAACAUGGUGAGUGGAGUUACUCUCGCGGGUCACUUGCUGCAGCAAGAUUCCUUCACCUGUCGGUGCGGUGGUUAUUCUUACCAGCAAGCUGAGCUCUUCAGGACACAAUUAGAGUUAAACUGACAGCUUCAUGUCCACAAGCUUUCAACAUCAUUUUAUGCUACGCAACUGUUAAUGGUCCAGUAAUCCUCCAAGCUCAUGGAUAGGGGAGAGAGCUUGUUUUGAUCAGCAUAAAUGCCAGAUAUCCUCAAUGGGUUUUACCCGCUUUAUGACAUAGAUGUAUUUCGGCUGCUGAUACCAAGUACUGCUAAAAUGAAGAGAUUUCUGAUCUCCUAGUUAGGAGAGAAUUUUUCAUCAAUUAAACUUGAGCUUCCAUUAUUUAAGCAUGUAACUGUUUCGCCCUCAAUGAGAACGAGAAUCGACAGUAUACCAAGUCCUAGUUAAUGUGAAAAAUGUUUCAAGGAUCUUGAUCUCAAAUGAGAGAGGCAUUGUAACUAAUAGAAACUGUUAUCCUGUAAACUUGAAUUCGUGUUUCCUACGAUGUUUAUCUCAAUAGUUUCCAUUAUCUGAAA